CCCACAGUAUCCUGAAGGCAGCAUGUCUUGGCCGCCCAUCUCCAUUCUCCCUCCACUCCAGUGAGAGGUUUGGUUUGAUGCAGCAGUCACUGACAUACUAACCCAGAACCGUGCGAUGAGCUCUGGACACACAGACUGUCGACAUUGGAAGAUGAUGUGGCGUGUUGUGAUUCUGCUGGCCAUUGCCCUCAGUGUGGAGUCCUAUGUCCAUGACCUCCAUGAGCGUUUGGUCCAUGGUCGCCAGCUGAAGAUCUAUCUGCCCAAGAGUUCAGAAAGGCUGGAGUUCACUCCAGCUGAUGAUCCCGGCAAGAGGUUUCGGUACUGGGAGAAGGGCAGACACAGUAUGACCAAAGGCAGGGUGUCGGGUACAGGGAUCGAACGACGCUGGUAUAUUGACAAGGUGACUUAUGAGGACCAGGGGACAUAUAUACAGAGAGACUUCUGGGAUAAAGAGAUCUCUGCUGUGAAAGUGGCCGUCACAACCAGACAAAACAAUGACAAGUGUGUAGCAGGAAAGAGUCUUUACAUCUCACUGGAAGGCAUUGACCUGGCUGACGCUGCCCUCUCCUUCUCUGGAGAGGCUGCCAACGUUACACUGGUACGUGAUGGUGCUCGGGUGUCCCAGGACCUUCCGAAUUAUUGGGACCGGGUUCAGACCCACUCCAUGAACAUCGAGAUCAGGAAUGUGAACUACAGUGAUGAGGGACAUUACACCCUGAGAGACCGCAAGGACCGGGUGGUGUCAGUUACCAGGAUGGACCUGACGGACCAUGAUGAGUACACAGAAGGAAACCCUCUCAUGGCUCUGCUCCUACUGCUCGGCAUCCCGGCCGGGAUUUGCUGCUGCUGUCGGAAGAAGAUUUUCAAGAAGAAAGCCACCACUGCUGCAACGCUACAGACCACCCCACAUGCACUUCAUCCUCCUCCCACUGGUCCUGUUGGACCGUCUCCACCCUACAACACUCCCGGACAACCAGGAGUGGUGUACUACCACGGCCCAGACCCUGGCAUGGGUCCUACAGUCCAUCCAGGACAGUGGAACGGACCCCCACCCUUCCCAGGUUAUAACCCAGCCUACCCACCCCAGAACCCGGCCUACCCUCCUGCUGGUCCAGCUAUGAUCCACCCUGGUCAGCCUCCACAAUGGAACGGACCACCACCAGGCCCGUACCCCACUGGACCUGUAGGUCCAAUGAGCUAUAAUUUCGCUCCAGCCAUGUACAGCUCUCCCCCGCCUGCAGCAGCCAGUGAACAUGUUCAAGACGAGGUUAAGAUAAGCAGUAUGGUUUCCUCACCCGCUGACCCCCUGCUGACUGCCACACCACAGGCUGAAGCUGCAUCCUCUCCUGUGGCUCCAGUGACCUCCUCCUCCUCCACCAACAUUCUCAGCUCCUCUGAUGAUGCUUUCCAGUUCAAGAUCGACGGAGGCAAAAACUCUACAAGCUUCCUUUAGGGAUGCUGACUCCUGGAGCAGCUUCCUCACAGUCCUUCCUCACUUUAGUGUUACAGGUCCCAUCUGUGAGCAGGCGCAGGUGGAAACAAUGGACAGUAGAUUCCUUGAUCAGUAUUUAAUCCCCUGUCUGGCUGAAGAUCGUGUGUUUUUAGGCUAAAUUAGCAUUUAUUUGUGGUAUAAAAUCUAUUGGUUUAGCCAGCUGUGUUUGGACAGUAGGAGGCAGUUAUUUGGGGAUCAAAUUUGAGUGAGGAGACAAAGAAAGGAGGUGUUUUCUUGAACUGUUCGCUUCUAAAAAUAGCAAUGUAUUAUCAACAUCUGAUGAGUAAAUCUAAGCAGGACUGGUUUCAUUUUAACAAAAGUUUAAGAGAUGUCAUAGCACAUGAUUGUGGUUUGAUCUACAUUGUCACUGAUUCCAGACCUUUUGCAUUUCUUAGAUUCCUUUUCUAUUUCUGAUUAGCAAGGAAAUCCAAGCAAUCAAGCAAAAGACUUUAGAUUUAUUUAAAAAUCAGAGUUUCACUCAAUAUUAACAGAUAACCGGCAUCCUAGAUGAGAAAUGCUUCAUUGACAAAUAGGUUGCCUUCGGGUGUCUUCAGACUAAACACUUUUGUCAUUUUUGUGAAUUUGGCCAGUAAACAGUUUUUUGUUGUCUGUGUGUACGGACUAUAAACAAUGGACCUGAUCAUCUGUUUGUAACAGGCACUGAAUGUAUAUGUGUGUAAGAUGACUUAGCAACAGCUAAUUCAUCGGCUUUGGGCAACUGAACAGAUCGGUCUUUCCAUUUACUAUGUGCAACAUCUAAAUUCAGCUUUCCACUUUCCAGCCUUAUCCCAGGUCUGGAGGCCGGUUGUGGUGUAACAUUUGGCACUACAAGUUGGGUAAAUUGGGCUGGGUCUUAAAGUCUAUCAGAAAUACUCUCAAAUCAUGACUUAAGAGAAGCAGAAUUGCAAAAACAAAAGCUACCUCAUUUUUGGAUUCUAUGCCUCUUCAUAGGUCAACACUAUCAGUUUGUAUUAGUCAAUGGUAUGGUAUGUCAAGGUCAAAUGUUAAUCGCCACAAAACCUUUGAAUCCUCUGAUAGUAAUAAUUCCAUUCAUAUGACGGGGUUUGGUGUGAAGGCUGGCUGUUGUAAAUGCAACAAGUGUAGUAGUAAGAAUGCUACCAGAAGAACCACUUUGCCUGCCUUUUAGGGUGGCCUCAUCCCGCCUUACUAUUACAGCAAAAAACAUCAAUCAAUCCGUUCAGAGCCCUUCUCCCAGCCAUGUGUCACCAAACCACAGUCCAGCAGGAAGUAGCCAUAUUCACCGAGAGCAAACGUGGGUCAAGACAGUAGCAACUUAAUGUUUGUCAGUUAUUACCCUUUUUUCUGUCAAACAUUUAGGAAUACACAAAGAAAGAUUUUUACAGAACAAGUGCCACCACACCAACAUGGCUUGAGUGCAGUAGCCUGCCAAGGGUUGCCGUGUCCCUCCUGGUAUCCACAGUGGAGAAACCUUCCUGCUCCUCUAGAAUGUUCACCGUAAAGCCACCAACAGGUGUUCAUUUAACUGUAAAUUGCAUCACAAAUGCCUUUCUUAACAGUGUUGUAGUCUUUCAUUGUGUUCCUGGAGGUGAGUAAAUACAGUGAACACAUUAUAUGCAGACUAGAUGUUGACAAUUUUAGAUUCAGUUUAUGCCCUGCAUAUGGUGUCUAGGCAACAGGGUUUUUGGAGUUGCAUAUUAAACUGAACAGCAAAAUAAGAUGUUUUUUUACCUUCAUGUCGUAGAUCUGAUGUUUCUCACAUAGUAAUAGUGAAAUUAACUGUGUUUGAACAUGUUUUGUUUUGUGUAAAUGUACUCGAUAUUUACAAAGUGUAGAUGUAGUUGAUGGUUAUGGGUGUUAAUGGAGUUGGACACACCAUUAAACGCUCCAAUUGUUGAGUAUUUUGGUCUGUCCAGUUCCAUCCACCUCUGGAUGCCAAUGAACAUACUUCUCAUUUUACACCAAAAAUGAUAUAGUAUACAUACUGUAUGUGGUUGUGCAACUCUGUUAAUGAAACUACGCAUGAGAUAUGACAUUCUGGAGUUUCUUUCAUUUUCAAAUUUACCAUUAAAAUGAUUUUACAGGA